AGAGAGAGAGAGGGAGAGGGAGAGGGAGGCCGGCCAUCCAGCCAUGGCGGCGUCGAACGGGAGCGAGUUCUUCGAGGUCGAGGUGGAGGGCGGCGGCGAGGCGCUCGCGCGGCCGUCGAACGCGGAGUCGGUGGAGGAGGACGAGAGCGAGCUGCUGUGGGCGGCGAUCGAGCGCCUCCCGUCGCAGAAGCGGCCCAACAUCGCCCUGCUCAGGCGGACGCCGUCGGAGCAGGAGGGCGGCGACGGCGAGGCGGCGCGGCGGGGGGCGGAGACGAUCGACGUGCGGAAGCUGGACCGCCUCAACCGGGAGCUCGUCGUGCGGAAGGCACUGGCCACGAACGACCAGGACAACUACCGCCUCCUCUCCGCCGUGAAGGAGCGCCUCGACCGGGUCGGCUUGGAGGUGCCGCAGGUCGAAGUAAGGUUCGAGAACCUGAACAUCGAAGCCAAUGUGCAAACCGGCUCGAGAGCUUUGCCUACGUUGGUGAAUUACACUCGUGACAUGAUCGAGUAUGUUCUAACUAGGUUGAGGAUAUUUCGACCGAGGAGGCAGUCGCUUACAAUCUUGAAGAACAUCAGCGGAGUUAUCAAGCCCGGAAGGAUGACGUUGCUUCUAGGGCCCCCAAGUUCUGGAAAAUCCACGUUGCUUUUAGCUCUGGCAGGGAAACUCGAUGCCAAUUUGAAGAAAAGUGGUAACAUCACCUAUAAUGGGAAGAAGCUCAGCGAUUUCUGCGUUCAAAGGACUUCUGCCUAUAUAAGCCAAACAGAUAAUCAUAUUGCCGAGUUAACUGUUCGAGAAACCUUUGAUUUUGCUGCAAGAUGUCAAGGUGCAAGUGAAGGUUUUGCAGAAUAUAUGAAAGAUUUGGCCCGUUUAGAGAAAGAAAUGAGUAUACGUCCAAGUCCAGAGAUUGAUGCCUUUAUGAAGGCAUCAUCCGUUGGUGGUAAAAGACAUAGCGUUUCGACAGAAUAUGUUUUGAAAGUGCUUGGUCUUGAUGUUUGUGCGGACACCUUCGUCGGGAAUGAUAUGCUCAGGGGAGUCUCAGGUGGCCAAAGAAAAAGAGUCACUACGGGAGAGAUGAUCGUCGGACCUAGGAAGACUUUAUUUAUGGAUGAAAUAUCCACAGGGCUAGAUAGCUCUACGACGUACCAAAUCGUUAAAUGUGUUAGGAAUUUCGUUCAUUUAAUGGAUGCAACUGUCCUAAUGGCUCUUCUUCAGCCUGCACCGGAGACAUUUGACUUGUUUGAUGACUUGGUGCUACUGUCAGAAGGACAUGUUGUGUAUCAAGGACCUCGGUCGGACGUGUUAGAAUUUUUCGACUCAUUAGGUUUUCGUUUGCCACCACGUAAGGGAAUUGCGGAUUUUCUCCAAGAGGUCACUUCGAGAAAGGAUCAAGCUCAGUAUUGGGCGGAUCCAUCUAGAUCAUACCAGUUUCUACCUGUCUCCCAAAUUGCAGAAGCAUUUAAAAAGUCCAGAUUCGGUAGCUCUGUCGAGUCUGUCGUUGCGGCUUCAAAUGUUCAAUCCAACAGCCGUCCUAAUGCUUUGUCCAAAACGAAUUUUGCUGUCUCAAGAUGGGAGCUGUUCAAAACAUGCUUUGCCCGGGAAGUGCUGCUUAUCAGCAGACAUCGCUUUCUGUAUAUUUUUAGGACCUGUCAGGUUGCUUGUGUUGGACUAGUAACCUGCACAAUUUUCUUACGGACAAGACUACACCCCACCGAUGAGACAAAUGGCAACCUCUACCUAUCCUGUCUUUUCUUUGGGCUAAUACACAUGAUGUUUAAUGGAUUUUCUGAGCUACCGAUAACAAUAUCUCGGCUACCUGUAUUCUACAAGCAAAGGGAUAAUUUCUUCUAUCCAGCAUGGGCAUGGUCUAUUUCCAGCUGGAUUCUACGUGUCCCUUACUCUAUUAUCGAGGCCGUUGUGUGGUCUUGUGUAGUAUACUACACUGUUGGAUUUGCUCCUGGCGCUGGGAGGUUUUUCCGGUUUAUGCUAUUGCUCUUUGCAGUGCACCAAAUGGCAUUGGGUCUCUUUCGUAUGAUGGCUUCAAUAGCUCGGGACAUGGUCAUUGCAAAUACAUUUGGGUCUGCUGCCUUGCUAGUUAUAUUCUUACUGGGUGGAUUUAUUAUUCCAAAGUCCAUGAUCAAGCCGUGGUGGGUCUGGGGUUUCUGGUUGUCCCCACUAUCCUAUGGGCAACGCGCUAUCUCAGUUAACGAAUUUACUGCCACAAGAUGGACAGAGAAAUCUGCCCAUGGGAACAAUUCAGUUGGCUACAACGUACUUCAGUCACAUAGCUUACCAUCUAGUGGUCAUUGGUAUUGGAUUGGAGUUGGGGUUUUAUUGCUUUAUGCACUGCUCUUCAACAAUAUUGUGACUUUAGCGUUGGCUUACCUAAAUCCUAUCAUAACAGCGCAGAGUGUGAUUCCCGUGGAUGAAACUGAAGAAAAUUCCAGCCAGGGCAUUGGGGACAGUACACAAUCAAAAUCAAAUCCAACGUCCCCUGGGGAGGGUAACAAGAAGGGCAUGAUUCUUCCAUUUCAGCCAUUAACAAUGACUUUCCAUGAUGUCAAUUACUUUGUUGAUAUGCCAAAGGCUAUGCGUUCACAAGGGAUACCAGAAAGUAAACUACAGCUUUUGUCGAAAGUUAGUGGAGUAUUCUCUCCAGGAGUACUCACUGCAUUGGUUGGGUCGAGUGGAGCUGGUAAGACUACUUUAAUGGAUGUUCUUGCUGGAAGGAAAACAGGCGGAUAUAUUGAAGGUGAAAUCAGGAUAUCAGGUCACUUAAAACAGCAGCAUACUUUUGCUAGAGUUUCUGGGUAUGUAGAACAAAAUGAUAUACAUUCUCCCCAAGUGACAGUCGAGGAGUCUCUCUGGUUUUCUGCCAGUCUCCGCCUCCCAAAAGAAGUCAGCAAAGAAAAAAAACGGGAGUUUGUCGAAGAGGUAAUGAAAUUAGUUGAGCUUGAUUCGCUUAGGCAUGCUCUGGUUGGUCUACCCGGUAGCUCAGGUUUAUCAACGGAACAAAGGAAACGGUUAACCAUUGCAGUUGAGCUAGUUGCAAAUCCUUCUAUUAUCUUUAUGGAUGAACCUACUUCUGGUCUUGAUGCUCGAGCAGCAGCUAUUGUGAUGAGAACUGUUCGUAAUACUGUUGAUACAGGAAGAACUGUGGUUUGUACGAUUCACCAGCCAAGUAUUGACAUAUUCGAAGCAUUCGAUGAGUUGCUUCUCAUGAAACGUGGAGGAUGUGUAAUAUAUGGAGGCAAGCUUGGAACAAAUUCACAGAUCCUAAUAGACUAUUUUCAGGGCAUCAAUGGAAUUACUCCAAUCCCAAGUGGUUAUAAUCCUGCAACUUGGAUGCUUGAGGUUACUACACCGGCAGCUGAACAGAAGAUUGGUGCUGAUUUUGCAGAUAUUUACAGAAAUUCGGAUAAGUUCAGGGAGGUGGAAGCUACAAUUGAACGCUUAAGUGUCCCACCUGCUGGCUCAAAGCCUUUAAAAUUUGACACCAUGUAUUCACAGGACCAACUCUCUCAAUUUUUUAUUUGUCUUUGGAAACAAAAUCUUGUCUACUGGAGAAGUCCACAGUACAAUGCAGUGAGGAUUUUUUUCACUACAUUAAGCGCACUGAUAUUUGGCUCUGUCUUUUGGGAUAUCGGCUCAAAGAGAGAGUCACCUCAAGACCUUUUCAUGGUUAUGGGAGCUCUAUAUGCAUCAUGCUUGUUUCUUGGUGUCAACAAUGCCUCUUCUGUACAACCAAUUGUUUCCAUAGAGAGGACGGUGUUCUAUCGAGAGAAAGCAGCUGGAAUGUACUCCCCAUUGUCCUAUGCCGCAGCCCAGGGCCUCGUGGAGAUUCCGUACGUGGCUGUGCAAACCAUAAUAUAUGGAGUCAUCACAUAUUUCAUGGUUAACUUCGAGAGGACAGCAAGAAAGUUCUUGCUUUUUCUUGUGUUCAUGUUUCUUACCUUCACCUACUUUACCUUUUACGGCAUGAUGGCUGUUGGUCUCACUCCUUCACAGCAUUUGGCAGCUGUCAUAUCUUCAGCCUUUUACUCUCUAUGGAAUCUUCUGUCAGGAUUUCUUAUCCCGAAACCGAAUAUCCCGGGUUGGUGGAUAUGGUUCUACUACAUCUGCCCAGUUGCAUGGACGCUUCGUGGCGUCAUCACCUCUCAGCUUGGGGAUGUGGACACUCAGAUUGUUGGACCUUCUUUCAAGGGCAGUGUGAAAGAGUAUCUGGAGGUUAGUCUUGGCUAUGGCGGCGGCAUGAUUGGAGUGUCAGUGGCCGUGCUUGUUGGCUUCAACCUUUUCUUCUUUGCUGUCUUUGCCUUCUCCGCCAAAGUCCUCAACUUCCAGAGAAGAUGAAAUGAGAAAGUAAUGACGAGCAGAAUGGAGAGUCCUUUCGUGAAAGCCAUGAUACUCUGGCUUUCUUGACACCUUUACAAUAGUAGCCUCCGUUUUGCUGUUUGUCCUGCCUCGUUACGCAUGCUAUGCUUUACUUCCGGAGGCAGCACAUCCAUGCAGCAAUUUCUUAAUGCUGUAUGACACUAUUAUUAGCUUGGAAUCCAUUUGUAGAUCAUUCUUGAUCUGGUUGUAAUAUCUAAAACACAUGAUCCUGCUUGCUCUUGUUCUGUUAAACUGGUUUCAGAGAGA